AUGUCGAUCAUCCAUGGACACUGCGAGCCCGCAUUUAACAAAGUGCGGGAUCUCCUUGAACAAAACAUUCUCUCGAAUGAGGAGUUGGGUGCUUCUCUCUGUGUCAACAUUGACGGCCAAGAUGUCAUCAAUCUAUGGGGUGGUUUUGCCGAUCGGGCACGAUCAAAGCUCUGGAAAGAAGAUACAAUUUCAAUUGUCUGGUCAACUUCGAAAUGUAUCACCAAUCUUGCAGCACUCAUAUUGAUUGAUCGGGGGCUCCUUGACCCAUUCGCCAGCGUGUCUAAGUACUGGCCCGAAUUUGCAACCAACGAAAAGACUAUCGUCCAGGUUUGGCAUGUUCUGACACAUUCCGCCGGUCUUCCUGCUUGGCAAAGAACAACGACUAUCGAGGAAGUAUACGAUGUGACGAAGGCAAAUGCGCGCCUCGCUGGCUCACCACUGUGGUGGAUAUCAGGCACCGUGACCGGCUACCAUCCCAUUACCCAGGGGCAUAUCAUUAGCGAGCUUGUUUUGCGAGUAACGGGCAAGCGUGUGCGAGAAUUUAUUGCACAAGAGCUUGCGGGGCCACUCAACGCCGAUUUUCAACUCGGUGUGCUGGAGAAAGAUCGCUCUCGUGUGGCAGAGAUUAUAUCUCCCGCACCAUUAGAUCCGCAGCCCGACUUCGACAUAGACGGGAUUGCAGGGCGCGCACUUACCACCCCACCUAUACAGGCAGAGAUAGCCGAGACUACGGCAUUCUGGGAUGCAGAAAUGGCUUCUGGCAACGGCUUUGGGACUGCUCAAGGCAUAGCUCGGAUCCUUUCCGCCAUAUCACUGGGUGGAACAGUCGACAGCAAGAAACUUCUCCGUUCCGAAACGGCGCAACUAGCGACCAGCGAGCAGGUCAGCGGGAAGGAUCUGGUUCUGGGGACUGAUGUCAGAUUCGGGAUGGGAUUUGGACUUCGUGUGGAGAGUGGAAUGGCUUGGAUUCGUGAAGGUAGUUGCUACUGGGGUGGCUGGGGAGGUUCUCUCGCUAUUAUGGACCCGAAAAACAAGAUGACGAUAUGCUAUGCCCCGUCGCGCAUGCAGAAUUCUGGCCCUAGGGGGGAUCCACGGGCAGAGUCAUAUGUCAAAGCUAUCUACGAAGGCAUUGGUAAAUGA